AUGGGUCGUCUUCAUUCCAAGGGAAAGGGUAUCAGCGCCUCCGCCGUUCCAUACUCUCGACAAGUCCCAACAUGGUUCAAAUCCACCCCCGAUACCGUCGUUGACAACAUCUGCAAGCUUGCACGAAAGGGUGCUACUCCAUCUCAGAUUGGUGUAGUCCUCCGUGAUAGCCAUGGUGUCGCCCAGGUCAAGGUCGUCACUGGUAACAAGAUUCUACGAAUCCUCAAGUCAAAUGGCCUCGCACCAGAAAUUCCAGAGGACCUCUACAUGUUGAUCAAGAAGGCUGUUGCUGUCCGCAAGCACCUUGAGCGAAACCGAAAGGACAAGGAUUCCAAGUUCAGACUUAUUCUGAUCGAGUCAAGAAUCCACCGAUUGAGCAGAUAUUACAAGACGGUCGGUGUCCUCCAGCCAACAUGGAAGUACGAGAGCGCCACAGCCAGCACCAUGGUCGCAUAA